CUCGCCACUGUCACAUCUCACUGCCAUCAUCACCCUGUCAAGAAACUUUAAAAAACUUUUUAUACAUGCUUGGAUAAGGUGGACGCUGACUGUGGUUGGGUGAUUAGAAAUGAAGUGCGUCCUCACAGGUUACUCGCACUUCUGUGCAGCGCUUUUAUUUAUUAGUCUCAUUACCUUUCCUUUGACUAAUGGGACUCCGUCGAGGUAUAGUCUGUUCCAGGGCAGCCCGUAUUCCAGCUCUGUUUCGAGACAACGAAAUCAAAACUGGUGUGCUUUUGUAGUGCAUAGGAACGUGACAUGCGUUGUGUUGGCGGCGAACGAAAACGUCAUGGAGCCGCAGCUCCUGCCCUGUCCACCGCAUCAGCCUGACUGCACACAGCGGGUGAUGUAUCAUACUCAAAUGAGGCCCAUGUACAAAAUAGGCUACAAACAAGUAACUGAACUGGAAUGGAGGUGCUGUCCAGGAUAUCAAGGUCAUGACUGUAAAGAGCUGAAAAAUAGCCUACAGAAACCCAAUGUUGUUGAAGAACCACGUCAAGAUGUUCCUUUAACCAACAACCAACAGCCAAGCAUAAUAGGAGCAGACGUGAAACAUCCGUGGUCUCAACCUGGGCAGAAAGGACAUCAUAGCAGUCAACUGGGAGAUUAUGGAGAUCAUCAACAGGACAGUCAACGAGUUAAGGCUUUAGAAGAAGAAGUGGAGCGUCUUUCUCAGACAGUACUCAGCCUGCAAGCCACUUCAUCAGCCAAUGCAAACCUACGGGUAGAUCUACAGGAAGACGUUACCAAAUACGUUCUAAACAUGUUGGGGAAUCUGCAACAGCCACAGGAUGUCAAAACGGGUGGAAUCGAGAGCAUUACGCUCCCGUACGACCUCCAUCCAUCACCAGGCACCGAUGAACUUCAGAACCAAAUUACCCAGCUCUCCAACACCAUCAGUACCAAUGCUAAUAGCAUCCAACAUCUGCUGAUGAGGAUCCAGAACAUUGAUGGACAGUUGGAGCAUCUAACACAAGCAAGCAAUACUGGACCACUUCCAACGGCUCCAGCCAAUGAGUGUCAGUGUCAGGCGUACAUCGAUGAGAAGCUUUCCGCCCUACGUGAGGAGCUUCUUCAAGGAAUGGACAUUAAAAUAGCAGACAUGAAGAAUUCAUGUGACUACAAAGUAACAUCCAUUCAGGAACUGUGUGAGGAACAAGAAAACUCUUACAUGAGCUUGGCCGAGCUCCUUGAUUCCAAAGAGACUGAACUCCGCAAGGAGAUCCAAGACUUACGUCUCCAUCAAACCCAAGAGUUGGACAAUGCUGAGGUCCAGAAGCUCAAAGACACCCAGCAGAUGCUCCAGGAUGCCAUUAGAGAGCAGAACGCCACUAUUGCACAGAUAAAUGCACAAGGGCAGGUCCUGGAGGCAAGGGUUAGUCUUGCAGAAAAGAGCGCAGAGGUACAUUGCCUCUAUCUUGAGGAGAAACUGAGAAGGGAAAGACUUAAGGAAGAGGAAGACCAAAGAAAAGCUUUUGAAGAGAAGUUCAGUGGUGUUCAACAUGACAACAGUACUUUCCAGCUACUCUUAGCUCAAGAUCAGCGCCUGGAAGUCUUGGAGAAACAAACACAACACCUGCAGGACGAGGUGGACUCUCUAAAGAGAGAUCUCAAUCAGUCCAUGAGUUUUGAAACCCUUUUCCAACGGGUGGAAACUCUAGAGGUGGAUUCUGGGCGAGGCCAAGAGCAAGUGAAGACAAUGAAUGGCUUGCUUGAUGGGCUUGAUGGACGCAUGGCUAGCAUCGAAGGCGUUUGUGGUCGGUUUGAGCCAAUGUCAGACAGUCUCAAACGGAUUAAAGAUGGACUGAACAAGCACGUCAAUGGCUUGUGGACUUGCGUCCGUCAACUGAACAGUACAGUCCUCGCACAUACAAGAGACAUUAACACGUUUAAAGCAAAUUCACACAUCUCAAAAGACAGCCAGGAUGGGAUCACUGAUGCACCUACAGGUGUUCCUGAAAAUACAACGGCUGUAAAAGUUUCCGUGGAGGGAGGUCAACCACUCCCAUCACUGGAAACAGCGCCUCGGGUAACCAAAACCUCUUCUUACACUCCUCAGGGGAUCAAUGGGAGCAUGCCGUCCAUUACGGGCUAUGCAGGAGCACCAGGUUAUCCAGGGAUUCCAGUUGCCGCUCUCGGUCCUGACUCCGUUUCUGCACAGAUUCCACUGAAGACGGUUCAGAUGGCCACAGGAGAAGGGCGAUUGAUGACCUCUGUGUCGUUUUCGGCUGGUCUGACGCUUGUGCCAUUCCCUGGAGAUAUCGGUAUCAUCCGGUUCAACAAUGUUCUGUUAAAUGAUGGAAAACACUAUGAUCCACAAACAGGUGUGUUCACCGUGCCCAUGGACGGACGAUACCUGCUCAGUGCUGUAUUGACCGCUCAGGCGGGAAAAAGAGUCGAGGCCUUUCUCUCAGUAGGCAAUCGCAACAUCCAGAAGCUUUCCACUGCUGAAACGGGCGGCAGAGACACUCCAGACUGCGUCUGUGGAGGAACCGUCUCUGUAAGUCUUGCUCUUCACCUGAAGCAGGGCCAGAGGACGGGACUGGUGCUCACAUCAGGGAGACUGGCCAUUUCAGCAUCCAGCGAAAUCCUGUCUUCAUUCAGCGGAGUUCUGCUUUACCCAACAGUAGGCAAGAGAUAGCCCACAGCCAACGGCAAACAAUACAGGGAUAGUUCACAAUAAAAUGACAAUUCUCCAAGUUGUUCCAAACCUGCAUGAGUUUCUUUCUUCUGUUGAACAGCUGACGGUAGCCAUUGACUUCCAUAGAAUGGUUUCCAACAUUCUUCAAAAUAUCUUCUUUUGUGUUCAGAAGUUAGAAACUCAUACAAGUUUGAAACAACUUGAGAGUGAGUAAAUAAUGACAGAGUUUUCAUUUUUGUAUGAACUAUUCCUUUAAGGUUACACUCUUCAUGAAAACCUUUCACUGGAGUGGUACCUACAGUUUUGUACCUUGUUUACCUGAAAAGGUGCAUAAUAGUACCUUGAAGGUACAUAUUAUUACCUGAAGAGCACAUAUUAGUAUCUAUAUGGCACAUAUUAGUACCUUUUAAAAGUGUACCGUCCCACUGACAGUUUUGUACCUUUUUUCUGAGAUUUUAGGGUUGACUUAGAUUCUGGUAAUAAGCUACUCAACACUUUAGUUGAGGCCUUUAUGCAUAAUGCAUUAUAAAGCUUUUGAACUUUUCAUAAAUAAUUGUAAACAAAGUUUAAAUGCAUUGCAUUUUGCAUCAAUAUUGCACAAAAAUGCUGAAUGUUUGCAGAUUCCUUGUUGCACAUAACAUUUAUUAUUUCUUAAUGCAUUGUAUGCAUUAUAAAUGAAGUAUUUUAACUUUGGUUGCAAUUAUUGAGAUAAUGUAGUGCAUUACAAGACAUGAUCAAUGCAUUAAGAAUACUUUUAUAAUGCAUUACAUAUACUAGGUUCAAGUAAAGUGCUGACAAUUGUCCGACACAUUAAUAAAAGCAGAGAAACAGAAGGAGAAUGCAUUUAAAAACAAUAACUGACUAUAGCAUUUAGAAAUUGGAAAAACAAACAUAAUGAUUUUCCAAGCUGAUCUGGUAGCGUGUUAGUAAAUCUACUAAUCUGAUUUUUAUCGCAAAGGUCACCAGUUAGUCAACAAGGUCGCUUCCACCUGGACCGUGAGUCAUUUCUUAGAAGUUAAUUCCACACAGAGCAGUCAGAACUCCCACGUUUAUGUGUGAUUAAUAUAAUGAUUAAGCUAUGAAUUUAAAAAAUGAUUCACAGUCUGGGUGUAACCAGUCUUGGAUCCAAAUGUGGACCACAGUCUGUUUGUUAGCAGGAAAAAAAAAGCCAGAAAACCAAAUCUUUUUGCACAUUUCAGGAAGCCUGUACAAAGAUUUCAGUAAACUGGAGCGACCAACAAUUUAAUUCACUGUUCAAACAUAUUCAUACAAAUCACUAAAACCUUUUCACCAGUUUUCAAAAACCUCACCGGGUUAAAAUAGAAAUCACGUCACCCAGUUACUGAAUGAAAACACAUGAAUCACUGUUGUUGGAUUUUGCCCAAACUCAGACAUUAUUACACACCAUUUCCAGUUCCAGGAAGUGUAUGGAAUAAUAUGGAAGAUUGGUUUUAUUUUGUGUAAAGAACAUGUUGGAUAUUUUGUCAAUAGAACAAUCAUUUGAUUGAAAAAUACAUAUCAGCAAUCACUGCUCCCAGAUUAUUAUUUUUAAUGAGAUCAACUGUAAGUACCUGAGUGCAUUUUAUCUAACAAUUUUUAAAUGUCAUGUUCACUGUCAUUACAUAUAUCAUGUUUGCUAUCUUCAUAUUUUUCAUGCAUCAUUUUUAGAAAAACAGAAUCAAACUGCUACAAAGGAGUGUAUGAGAACCAAUGAUGGAUCUCAUCUGCAAAUAAAUGCCUUGUUAUAAAUAGUCUUGUUUUUGUUGAAUUUCUUAAUCAGCUUGACUUUCUGUAUCUCUAAUAUCAACCAGGGUUGUAAAUUGUUCAGCUGACGUUUUCCGAACCAGGUGUUUUUAUGAUUCUGAUUAAUAUAGGAAGCAACAGAAGUAGAAUAUGAUCAUAAUUCUUUGUUCUAGUAAGAUCUAGCUGCUGUCUUUUUAAUAGCCCAGGAUGUUCAUCCACUAGUAUAUUACAAUAAUCUAGUCUAGAGGUCAUGAAUGCAUGAAUUAGCUUUUUAUAAAUGAAGAGCAUAUGCGUAAUGCUGUUCUACCAGCACUGGUUUUAACAGAGAAAAUCUGAAACAGUAUUAUAAGGUGCAAAACGUAGUUGCUGUAUUGACGAUUGUCACUUAAUAAUGCACUUAUUCCUCAAGUGUUUAGUUCUACAUUUUAUUUAAUCAAACAUACAAACAUGCAUACAUUUUCAACACAUUUCCUGUAUUAAAUAUGUAUUCUAGUACUCAGUGAAAUGUUAUAGUAGCACUGCUUGUAUUAGAUUAAUAUAUUUUAGAUUCUGCUUACAUUGUUUUUUCGCAAGCUAUUUUAGACAGAACAUGCUAAGCGAAUGAGUCAGUGAAAAUAU